CCAGGGUACAAUUCCAUACCCCUUUUCAGUAUGUACAUAUGUAUGCCGACGUAUGUGAACCUCGUGUCACAUAACGAGGUCGUAGUAGAGUAAAUUAGAAGAUCAAAUCGACAUGAGAAGAUGAGGUGCCCUUGGUAGGUAUCACAUAUAAUACGAACUACCGGCCAAUUGCUUCGCCUUGUAAUCUCUAUAACCUCCGCAAUCCACCAAUCAACGCUCUCUCUUGCGUGAGCAUUGCCUACCUUGGUACCCGUCUGUCUAAUUGGACAGAGGCUCGAGCUCCUUCGCCCACAAUGGGCCACCCCGAAGACAACAUCAAUCCAGGGGCCGAGAUCUCUGCUCCCGUCAUCCAAAGAGAACCGGACUUGAAACGAAACUUGGAAAAAGUCGAGGACGUAGAGAUAGUGGCGGAGAUCGGGGGGCGAAAUGAAGCGGGAAAGACUAAAUCAGCACCGAAAAAGUCGCUUUCCUUCAAACUAGCUUUCAUAGGGCUUGCGGCAAUCCUUUUCGUCUUUCAGUUGGAUGCGACUUGUCUGGGCAUUGCCCUUCCAACUGUAGCUGGUGAGUUAAAGGGCUCGAGUUUGCAAUCAUUCUGGGCGAAUCUGGCCUACACCCUAUGUGGUCUGGUCAUGCAACCGGUUUGGGCCGGUAUAUCUGACGCGUUCGGUCGAAAGCCGCCUCUUUACGUGUGCAUGGUACUGUUCCUUAUCGGUUCCAUCAUCUUUGCCCUUGCGCAAGACAUGGACACCGUCAUUGCCGCGCGGGUCCUCCAAGGCUUCGGCGGCGGGGGAAUUGACGUUCUGACACAGGUGAUUCUCGCCGAUAUGACGACGCUGGAGGAACGUUCGAAAUAUCUCGGCUUGAUGGCCAUUCCUUCGGCCGUCGGUAACAUCAUGGGACCUAGCGUUGGUGGUCUUUUUACUACGUAUGCUACUUGGAGGUGGGUUGGAUGGAUCAACCUGCCGUUCCUAGGAAUAGGCACGCCUUUGGUGUUCUUCUUCCUCAAGCUUCGGCCCGUCCCGCUCGGUGCAACACUUGCCAGGAACUUGAGGUGUAUUGACUGGAUUGGUAUGACGCUCGUUAUUAUCGGAAUCACGAUUUUUGUUAUACCAGUCAGUUGGGCGGGCUCCUUAUUCCCGUGGGCUUCCUGGCAGACACUCCUUCCAGUGCUGUUGGGAGUUGCGGUGCUCGUUGCUUUUGCCUUCUACGAGGCGAAACCCGCGGCACCAGUUGUUCCUCAUCGGCUCUUCAACUCAAAGACCGGAAAUAUGGCGCUGCUAGGGGGCUUCAUCCACGGAAUGGUUCUGGUCUCCUUAUUACAGUACUUGCCCUUACUCUACCAAUCCGUGGAGCUCGAAACUGCAAUCUCAGCGGCAGUCUCACUGUUGCCUACAUCUAUCAUUAGCGUGGUGUUCGCAGCCGUUGCAAUGAUGAUGGUCCCGCUAUUUGGAGGAUACGUAUGGCUUCUACGGCUUUCAUGGGCCAUCCUUACGCUAGGAACUGGCUUGCUGGCCCUUUUAAAUGUUGGAACCUCAUCAUCCAUACGUUACGGGCUUCCUAUUCUUUGGGGGCAAGGCGUUGCGUUACUUCGUCUCAACAUUCUUCCCAUGCAAGCGAGCGUGAAAAAUGUCGACGACACGAGCGUAGCUAUUGGGUCAUUUCUCUCCAUUCGCAUGUUUGGAGGUCUCGUCGGUCUCACCAUCUCCUCGACGAUCUUCAGCAAUGUUUUCUCGACGUCCAUCUCUAAUAGCGCAGUCCAGUUAACGGGAGUUUUAGAGCCUUUGAAAGACGCCUCAAAUGCGGUCAACUUCAUUGAAAACUUGAGAUCACUAGAUGUUUCUCUUACAACGCGAAAUCAGGUCUUGGGGGUCUAUCUGAACUGUUUCCAGGCGAUAUUUUAUGCGAUGACCGGCCUGAGUGCAUUGGGCUUGAUAACUUCGAUGUUCCUAGAUGAUAUAGAUCUGAAAGGGCGAGAUCUUGGGAACCAGCGUUUUGAGGAAUAGACAAAGACGGGGAAAGGGACUCCCCUCGUAUCAAUCAUGUUUAAUCCUAAUACAUACCUGCAUACAACAAUAGAAAUGGAGAAUCC